AUGGCUACCUGCAUCCUGCAUCCUGCAUCCUGCGCCCAUGGCCCAUCCCCCGGCUUUGGCAGCCUGCCCCCGGAGCUCUCUGAGCUCAUAUGGCGGUUCUGCUUACCGGCCGACGAGGCAGAAGUCUGUUGUCCCAUGUGGCCGGUGCACCUAGACGCCGAGUACGAGGGACUCCAAGGCUCGCCCGGGGCGUCGCUGCCGCAGCCGAGCCGUCCCUUUGUGGCCGGUCGACACGGGGUUCCCAGUCUUGACGCACGUGUGCUGCAAGUUGCGCUCGUUUGUGCAAGACUCGCCCAGGAGCUGCGCGAGAUUCUGCUUGUCUGCGGCUGGCGGAUGCUAGGUCCUACGAUACACGGCGACACGACGGGCGACGACUGGGCGGUGCCGUCAGAAGUCGUCCCGCUGCCCCUUGCGCUGCGGCAGUGUCGCGAGGAGGCUCGAGACGAGUGCGCGUCGCGUCGCACCUUUGCCGAGUGCCAGAGGGACGGGACGUGGCGCGAGAAAAGGUUCAUUUGA